AUGGAUGCUUAGAUUUAAUUAUAAUACGUUAAUAUGUUUAUUUAAUUCCAAGCACUUGUUUGAACAUGGAACAUUUUUUUUAAGGUUAGCAUUAAUCAAGGCUUAAUGACAAGUCCAAUGCUGAGCUGAAAACAACUUCAUUGAUAAUCCCAAGGAUUGAAACUUCAAUUGCAGAUAUUCUCAAUGAGACAUAAUACUAAUUUAAAGAUUUUAAACCAUCAAGAAGAACAGAGUGCCUUUAAGUAUCAGAUAGCCUUCUAAUCACAGAAUAAACCUUCUUAAAAAAAUCCUUUCAGAACAUUCUUAGUAAGUGUAUUUUUGAAGAAUGGGUACUCUGCUUUUUGCGUUUGCCACUGUUGUCUUUCUUAUAGGAUUGUUCUCUGCAACCUCUUUUCUUUUGGCUCUUUUUGGAAUUUUAAUCCUUUUUUUCGUGGUAACUAUAGUUUUGUUUCUAUAUUUUUACCUUAAAGAUUCAAUAUCGAUGGAUAGAUGUCCUCCAAUCGCUGGUCUGAUAUUGAAUCAAUUGAUACACUUCCAUAGAGUCUUUGAUUAUCAUACAACUCUUGCACGGAAGCACAGUACAUUCCGCCUGAUUGAACCGUUGCACAGUGAAAUUUAUACUGUUGAUCCAGUUAAUGUAGAAUAUAUACUUAGAACUAACUUCCCAAACUACGUAAAGGGUGAGUAUCAUUCUGAUGUAAUGAGAGAUCUAUUCGGUGAUGGAAUUUUUGCUGUUGAUGGAGAUAAAUGGCGCCAUCAAAGGAAGCUUGCUAGCUAUGAAUUUUCAGCUAAAGUUCUGAGAGAUUUCAGUACUAGUGUUUUCAGAGUGAAUGCUGCAAAAUUAGCUUCAAAGGUCUUGACUGUGGCAGCAACAGAGCAAAUAAUAGAUUUACAGGAUAUGUUGAUGAAACUGACUCUAGACUCAAUAUUUAAGGUGGGUUUUGGAAUCAAUCUAAAUACUCUAUCUGGCUUAAAUGAGAUUGGGAAUAGAUUCAUCAAGGCCUUUGAUGAUUCCAAUGUUAUUGUGUUCUGGCGCUUUGUUGAUUUGACAUGGAGGAUUAAAAGGUUUCUCAACAUUGGCAUGGAAGCCUCUCUUAAGAAAAAUAUCAAGGUUAUCAACGAUUUCAUUUUCGAUUUAAUCCGACGCAAGAGAGAGCAGCUGAAAAAUGAAAAGCUUGAUUGUGCAAAAGAAGAUAUAUUGUCAAGGUUUUUGAUGGGAAGUGUAAAGGAUCCAGAGAACAUGACUGAUCAAUAUUUGAGAGAUAUAACUCUGAAUUUCAUCAUUGCUGGCAAGGACACUUCUGCAAAUACACUCACUUGGUUCUUUUACUUGAUAUGUAAACAUCCUUUGGUUCAAGAAAAGAUUUCGCAGGAAGUCCAAGAAGCAACUGAAGCUGAGAAUUGCAAAUCUGCUGAUGAAUUUGCAGAGUUAAUAACUGAAGAAGCAUUGGAAAAAAUGCAAUAUCUUCAUGCAGCUCUAACUGAGACUCUUAGACUAUAUCCAGCUGUUCCUGUGGAUGGGAAAAUUUCAGUGGAGGAUGAUAUUCUUCCUGAUGGCUAUAAAGUAAAGAAAGGAGAUGGUGUGAACUAUAUGGCUUAUGCCAUGGGGAGAAUGAGUUACAUAUGGGGAGAUGAUGCAGAGGAAUUUCGGCCAGAGAGAUGGCUUCAUAAUGGAGUUUUCAGAUCAGAAAGCCCUUUUAAGUUCACUGCAUUUCAUGCUGGACCUCGGAUCUGCUUAGGGAAGGAAUUUGCUUAUAGGCAAAUGAAAAUCGUAGCGGCCGUUCUCCUCAACUCGUUUAAUUUCAAACUUGUGGAUGAGAACAAAGAAGCUACUUACCGGACCAUGUUCACCCUUCAAAUGGAUCAAGGCCUCCAUUUGUAUGCAGUUUCAAGAUUGUGACGGAAACAACAACAACCACCCAAAAAAAAAAAAAAUAAAAUAAAAUUUCUUGCUUGUGACAUUUAAUAUAUAUAUAUAUAUAUAUAUCAAUCACAGAUGUGGACUGGAGCACUACCUCCAAAAGCUCUUGAAGUUCAUGGCACAAGGCAACUAGCAGAAGUCUAAUGGAGUGGAGCUUUAAUUUCUUCCACCCACAAAUUAAUGUUGAAACACCAUUGAAACUCAUCAAAGCAAUGCAAAGCCAUGGUUUGCUCUCGAAAAUGUUCAGAGUUUGAAUACACUCAUUUCUAAUAUGAAUUGUAAAAUAUGUAUAUAUAUAUCAAUAAAGUAGUAUCUAAAUAUGUGUAUAUAAUAAUUUUUUAUUUGACGGUAUAACCUACUUACCUACUUAUGGUAGUGACACAUACAUCCCCAAAAAAUUAAUGAGAUGUAAAGUUAAAUUUAUAAAUUCCAUCAAAAUUGAUGAGAUGUUUGUCA